AUGAGUUUGUCGGACUUGAAGAACAGCAUCUUGGAGAAGCUUGGCGUGUUGGGUUGCAAGUGGGUGAAGAAACUAUUCUACAAGAUUCCCAUGGCGGUUGUCUCGACCGGUGUUCAGUACGAAACCUUUGCGGUUAAGUCUGAUGAAGAUAUUAGGGUUCUCUUCUACUGUGUAAGGAGUUUUCCGGAGAUCAGAAUCCAUGAGUUGUUUGCGAAGUUGGAGGUUGGUGUCGAUAGUUCUGGGGCAUCCGCUCCAGUUCCUUGCGUAGCUUCCGCGGGUGGUGCAUCUAGUUCGAUGCCUGCGGUCAGACCGCAUCUUCCGCCGGUUCAAUCACCUUCUUUUGCGGCUGACUUAGAACAAACGGAGGGUGUUGGUUCUGUCCCUUUGGAGCAUGCAGCAGUCAUUGAGCCUCCCAUUGUUGUGGGCACCGGUGGUGGCCUCGUGCCUUAUCUCGAAGACUUUGGUGGACCUGAUCAAGUAGAGAAUGCAAUGCGUGACGAUGAAUCUGACGAGGAGCCUGUUGAUAUCGAUGGUGACAGCGACGAAAACACAGGCGGCGAUCCAGAUGCGCAGCAUCGGCCUUCAAGUUCUGCUUCUCAUCAAUACCCUCCACACUUCUCCACACUAAACUUGGAAGCUCUUGGUCAACAGGAAGACAGUGGUAACAGAGUGGGUAGAUCUUCUACAGAAUUUGAGAUUGGGCAAUCUUUCCAGAGUAAAGAUGAAGCUGUGCUCAGUGUGAAGGACUAUAGCAUCCGGCGAGGUGUUGAGUACAGAGUCAUCGAAUCGGAUCAUUUGAAGUAUCACGGAAAAUGCAAGGAAUUCGGCAAGGGUUGCACUUGGUUGAUUCGUGUAGCGCUUCGUGCACGAAAGGGAACUUGGGAGGUUAGGAGGUACAACGGGCCAUACACGUGCCUCGCAAUUUCUAUUUCAAGUGAUCACCGUCAGCUGGAUUAUAACGUUAUAUGUGCGAGGAUUCUUCCUAUGGUUAGGGCGGAUGCUGCGGUUACGGUAAAGGUACUUCAACAAGCGACAGAAGCUGAUUACGGUUUCAGGCCUAGUUACAGGAAGGUCUGGUUGGCUAAGCAGAAGGCAGUGGCACAAAUAUAUGGAGAUUGGGAAGAGUCUUACGCGGAGUUGCCCCGUUGGAUGCUAGGGAUCCAGACAACAAUGCCGGGAACAAUCACGGUGCUGAAGACGUCUCCGGUUCAGAUUGGUGGUGCUGUUGAUGAGUCGACGCCACUCGUCAGUAUUGAUGGUACCCACUUGUAUGGGAAGUAUGGAGGGACGCUCCUGUUGGCGAUAGCUCAGGACGGAAACUCGAACAUCCUGCCGAUAGCAUUCACCCUUGUAGAGGGGGAAAAUGCAGAGUCGUGGUCAUUCUUCUUGUCCAACCUACGAGAGCAUGUGACUCCUCAGGAGGGUAUCCUAGUUAUCUCUGACAGGCAUAAUGGGAUCAAGGCGACCCUUGAGGCACCUGAGAAUGGAUGGCUGCCUCCUCGUGCAUUUCGGGCCUACUGUAUAAGGCAUGUGGCAGCGAAUUUCGCCCUAACAUUCAAAGGUAAGGACUCAAGGAGGUUACUGGUCAAUGCUGCGUACGCCAAGACUGAGGGUGAGUUUUACUACUGGUUCGACAUCAUGCGGACUGAGAAUCCAGCAAUGUGUGACUGGGCCAACCGUAUGGAGUAUGACAAAUGGACCCAACAUGAGGAUGCUGGUCGACGGUUCGGGCACAUGACCACAAACAUCAGUGAAUGUGUGAACUCCGUGCUAAAGGGUACUCGCAACCUCCCUGUCACAUCAUUGGUUAAGUCAACCUACGGGAGGCUUGCUCAGCUAUUUGUGGUCCGGGGACAGACAGCAGAGGCACAACUCGGAGCCGGCCAUGAAUUCUGUCAGGCAUUGGUCAAGGCUAUUGAUCGGAACCUUAGAGACUCCAGGUGCUUUACUGUGACAUUAUACGACAGGCAUCAACUAGAGUACACCGUCGCUGAGACAACACCAACGGGGACGUUCUCUCUUGGUAGCUAUAGAGUUUCCCUUAAAGAUCACCGAUGCGACUGUGGGCACUUCCAGGCGCUGCAUUAUCCAUGUUGCCACGCCAUUGCCUGUUGUGCCUACUCCCGGCUAAACUGGGCGUCAUAUGUUCACGAAGUGUAUCGUAUGACUGAGGUGUUCAACGUUUACAAUCAUGGGUUUCUCCCACCUAUUCCUGAAGGCCUGUGGCCUCCAUAUGGAGGCCCAACCAUUAUUCCUGACCCUAAUCUGCGGCAUGCAAAGGAAGGUCAUCCAAAGUCAACCAGGAUCCGAGGAAGCAUGGAUCAGUCUCAACAGAAUCAGCCGAAGCGUUGUGGGUUAUGCCGUCAGCCUGGGCAUACGCGAAGGAACUGUCAGCAGCGAUCACAACGUGGUGGAGGGGAUGCGUAG